AUGUCCUCUCAUCCCCAGUCUGUGCCACCAGGCCGGAGGACGAUGGACACACGGCACCUGCCAAACCCAGCCACUUUACCAUUGCAGCUCCAGCGAGCACACACGGAAGUUGGAAUGAUGGACUACCACUCCCAUCAUGCCAGAGACUACAGCUCGCACUUGGCUCAGCCUCAUCGUCGUCGGCCUUCCUUGCUUUCGGAGUUCCAACCUGGAAAUGAGAGGUAAGAACAACAUAUCCGCUAUGAGCACAUCUACUUACCGGAGCCGAAUAGUCAUCCAGAGUUGGAGUUUGGAGAGAUCAAACGGCCUCGUUUAGAAGUGGGACCAGAUUCUCUGAUGAGACCUUCAUCCCAUCGGCCACAGUUACCUCUUGGAGGGCCUGAGGAGCUCACAAAGGAUCGAGGAACUGCAAUGGGAAAGCUAGAGCCAAUCUCCCCUGUGAGCCCUGCACAUAUGGACCCUGAUUUGGAUCUGGUGCCAGCCCGCUUUUCCAAGGAAGAGCUCAUCCAGAACAUGGACCGUGUUGACAGGGAGAUCACGAUGGUGGAACAGCAGAUCUGCAAGCUUCGCAAAAAACAGCAACAGCUGGAGGAGGAGGCAGCCAAACCUCACGAGCCAGAGCGGCCUAUUUCCCCUCCACCCAGCGAGGCCAAGCACCGCAGUUUGGUGCAAAUUAUCUACGAUGAAAACCGGAAAAAGGCAGAGGAGGCUCACAGGAUACUGGAAGGACUUGGACCCAGGGUAGAACUGCCAUUGUACAAUCAGCCUUCUGAUACCAAGCAGUACCAUGAGAACAUCAAAAUAAAUCAGGCCAUGAGGAAAAAACUCAUCUUAUACUUCAAGAGACGAAAUCACGCUCGUAAGCAAUGGGAACAGAAAUUCUGCCAACGUUAUGACCAACUGAUGGAAGCCUGGGAGAAGAAGGUGGAGCGCAUUGAAAACAACCCGCGGCGCCGAGCCAAGGAGAGCAAGGUACGGGAGUACUACGAGAAACAGUUCCCAGAAAUUCGUAAGCAGAGAGAGAUGCAGGAACGAAUACAGAGCCGUGUUGGGCAACGAGGGGGUGGAUUGAGCUCCUCUGCGGCUCGCAGCGAACAUGAAGUCUCUGAAAUCAUUGACGGAAUAUCAGAGCAUGAGAACACAGAGAAGCAAAUGCGACAGCUGGCAGUUAUCCCUCCAAUGCUUUUUGAUGCUGAGCAGCAACGCAUCAAGUUCAUCAACAUGAAUGGCUUGAUGGAUGACCCUAUGAAGGUGUACAAGGACCGGCAGGUCAUGAACAUGUGGAGCGAGCAAGAGAAGGACACUUUCAGAGAGAAAUUCAUCCAACACCCGAAAAACUUCGGUCUGAUCGCAUCAUUUCUGGAAAGAAAGACUGUCGCGGAAUGUGUUCUCUUUUAUUAUUUGACCAAAAAGAAUGAGAACUAUAAGAACAUAGUUCGAAGAAACUACAGGCGACGAGGAAGAAGCCAGCAACAGCAACAACAACAGCAACAAGUCAAUCGUAACAGCCAGGAAGACAAGGAAAAGGAGGAGAAAGACAAGGAAGGCGAAAGGGAGGAGGAUAAAACAGAGGCCGAAGAGAAGGAGGAUGGAAUGAAAGAUGAAACGUCCGGGGAAGAUGCAGAGGACAAGGAGCCUGCAGUUGCUGUUAAGGGUCGACGAACAGCCAACAGCCAGGGGCGCCGAAAGGGCCGAAUCACCCGCUCGAUGACUAGUGAGGUGGAGGAGACGACCACACCGCCUGCCAACAAUGAGCUUGCCAAUCUGGAGAUGAAUGAGAGUUCUCGCUGGACAGAAGAAGAAAUGGAAACUGCGAAAAAAGGUCUUCUUCAGUAUGGUAGAAACUGGUCUGCCAUUGCCAAGAUGGUGGGAUCAAAAACUGUGUCACAAUGUAAGAAUUUCUAUUUCAACUAUAAGAAGAGGCAAAAACUGGAUGAGAUUUUGCAGCAACAUAAAAUGAAAUCGGAGAAGGAACGAAAGGCUCGCCGCAGGGGCAAAACCCUUCAAAAUGAAGAGGCUACUGCUCAGUUCACAGCAGAGGAAGAAGAGUUGGAAGGCUCAGGGGCUAGUGGCAAUGAAGAGGAGGCACCUGAAGAUGGAGAAGGCGGUGCCAACAACAGCUCCGACACAGAGAGUUUGCCAUCCCCACAUUCAGCUGAUGAUACGAAGGCUAAAGAAGAAGGUUCUAAUAAGUCAAAAGCUGGCUCUAAUACUGUGGAGAAAGAUGGCGCUGGAACCGAAACAGAGCAGGCUGGAGAUGUAAAACCUCCAGUAAAAGAAGAUGAGGAGGUCUCCAUUAAGCAAGAGAUAAAGACUGAAACAGGAGAGACAAACAAGGAACCGACCCAGCCAUCACCAAGCAGUGACUCCACAGACAAGAAGCCUUCUACAGCAGACAGCGAAGAUGUCAAGAACUGUCCCAAGAGUUCAAAGAAGGACCAUGGAGUCAAAGUAAGCUCUCAUGGGGACAGCGACUCCAGUGCCACUUGCAGUGCCGAUGAAGUGGAAGAAACAGACAACACAGAAAAGAACAGAAUCACUUCUCCCCGUCCAAGCCUGCUGAACUACACUCAUGAUGGGGUCAUAUCUUCGCCGCUGCAGAAGCCCAUGGACCUUAAACAGCUCAAACAGCGGGCUGCAGCUAUACCACCCAUUAUACCUGAAGCGUCAGUCCAAGGCAAUCAGCGGAUCACGGGUGCCAAGGCUGUUUUGCAUCCCCAUGCUUUGGCACUCUACCAGCAGCAGAUCACCAUGGCGCACGGGGAGUCAUCUCAGGAGGUCAAACAACAACCACAGAUUGCAGUCCAGCCUAGCAAACAGCAGCCUUAUUCCGUACAAACAGAAAGAGACAGGGAGGCUCCUCACAGCAGCAGCCCGCGCAUACGCCCACGCAGCCCUUCCGCUGGUGACAAGGAUGGUACGUCCGCACUGGGCCCGGAUGACCUAAGGUCCACUAACAUGGCACGGCCAGUUUUGUCCCCCUUCCCCAUGUCCCCACGAGACAUGACCAAGAUCAGUCAUGACCAACACUUGCUCCAGUUCAACUUGGGCCACCCAGCACUUUCUGGUUUGCCACAGGAUAGUGCCAGGCAAGCAGCAGUGAGACCCCUCAUUAUGCCAGAGCCCCCACCACUCAUUUCCUCAACCAAACCAGGAGGCUCUAUCACGCAGGGAACUCCUAUACAGUUGCAUAGCCCAGCUCAUGGGUUUGAACAUGGGAAAAUUCCUUCUUCACAGAUGGGUUUGUCUUGGAUUGAUCAGAGGAAAGUUGGUGGUCCAUUCCCUGUGGUGAAGCAGGAACAGUUAUCCCCUCGCAGCUCUUCCUUGCAAGCUGACAAUCCAUCUGCCCAAGGCACACCUCAUGAUGCUGUUCAGGGAGGUAGUAUCACGAAGGGUAUCCCAGGGACCAGAAUGCAUCCUGAUUCCUCAAUCUCCUACAGAGGCGGUUCUAUCACUCAGGGGACACCGGCUGAUGUGCUUUAUAAGGGAACCAUAACCCGUCUGAUCACUGAGGACAGUGCUAGCCGUGUUGACAGAGAGAGGGACGACGCAUUGACAAAAGGUCAUGUGGUCUACGAGGGAAUAAGUGGGCACAUCCUCACUUAUGACCUUUCUCAAACCUCUAAGGAUGAGGGUAGAGGGUCAGGGCAACCUGGUGAAAUUCUUGGCCUAAAACGUCCUUAUGAUGUCAUGGAGGGAGGCAUCUCCCGAGGUCUUCCGAUGAGGGAACCACUGUCUGCUUCCAACUGUGAAGGCCUUAUUGGUAGAGCCAUGCCACAUGAUAGGGACAGUCCACACCAUACAUCUUAUAAAGAUGCACACCACAUACGGGGUUCCAUCUCACAAGGUAUACCACGUCAUCUGGACCCUCAGGAUAGCUACCUGAGAAGGGAGGCCAAGCAAAUGAAAAGAGAGAACUCUCCACCACGUGCGGCCAGUUCACUAUCAGAUCCAAUGAAGGGCAGGGAGGCGAUGGUGCCCACAGUAAAGGAGGCUGGGCGUUCUAUUCACCUCAUUCCCAGGGAGGAGCUCAGACACACAGCCAAGGAGGUCAUUAUAUCACCGGGAACUCCCAUGAAGCAGGAGGCAGCUGGCUCAAGUAAACGACAUGACGUUCGCUCCAUCAUAGCCAGUUCACCACGUUCCUACCAUAACACACCCCCUCAUAUGGAGAGGGGACGCUAUGAAGAUGCGCCCAAAGGACGCCCUAGCGCAGUGGUCAGCACGGCUAGCCCAAUAGCACGCUCUUCUCCCCUUACGCUAGCUUCAGAGCAGGGAGGUAAAUCCCAUCAUAGCCCAGUGAGCUAUGAUGAAAAAGGCACCUUAAGAAACCCUUACCCUGGACCAUCACACCGUGGCUCACCUCUUUCCAGGGAGGCAAGUCAAAGGCAACAUGACGGUUCCAGUAAGAAAGAACCUCAGGAGCGUAAAGCCACACCAACCCCGAGGGAGAUGAGCGCCACCAAAUCCCCUCUUCCAGGGGUUCCUGACCAACAGACCUAUGAACGUCUGUUGCAGGGCCUUGGAGCUGAUGUUUACAGACAAAUUCCUUUGGCCUUCGAUCCUGCAGCGCUGCCUCGUGGUAUCCCCAUCGACCCAGCCUUCUACUUGCCUCGCCAUCUGGCUCCCAAUCCAGCGUACCCUCAUCCCUACCCCUACCUCAUCCGGGGCUUUCCUGACACAGCAGCCCUGGAGAACCGUCAGACGCUUCUCAAUGACUACAUAACUUCACAGCAAAUGCACCAGUGGCCUGCAGCAGCCGCUAUGGCUGCCCAGCGCUCAGACAUGCUAAGGGGCCUUACUCCACGAGAUCAGCCCCUUCCUCUGCCUUACUCUGCAGCCCCUCGUGGGACAGCCAGCUCCCCAAUGGAUCGUAUCACCUACAUACCAGGGGGAACUACCACCUUCCCUGGCAGGCCUUACACCACUCCCCCAAUCUCACCCGUUGGCUCCUCGCACAUGAACAAGAUCCAAGGCACAUCUUCAGAACGCGAGCGCGAAAGAGAACGUGAUCGCGACAGAGACAGGGAUCGGGAGAGAGACCGAGAGCGGGAACGGGAACGGGAGAGAGAUCGCGAAAGGGAUCGUGACAGAGAUCGAGAUCGGGACAGAGAAAAGAGUGGAGCAAAUGUGGAGCAUGCCCCCAUUUGGCGACCAGGUACAGAGCACAGCUUAGCAAGUAGCGGCAGUGUGAGACCUUCAUCCCAGCCAUACCAGCAUUCCCCAGUGUCCCCUCGCACUCAAGACAAUGUGCAGCAACGACCAAGUGUUCUGCACAAUACUGGAAGCAAGAAUCUUUCUGCCGAACACCCCAGCUCAUCUGUGUUAAGAUCCAUACCCUCAGGACAGUCCCGUUACCAAGGUUAUCAUGGCCACCUUCAAAGAACUGGUUUACCCUCUGACGCCUAUGCACCUUCUCUGGACUCGAACAUAGCCAAAGAGCUGAGUCGUGAUGGAGGGAAAAAUAGGGGUCUACCCAAGCAAAUCCAAGAUCAGCAUGGGCCCUCGAGCAAAUCAGACCCCAAGCUUUCCAGCCCCAGCCAGGGCGGAAUAUACCCAGGUCCUUAUUCCUCCAUAUCAGGACGACCACCACACAUGCAGUUGGAUAACCCUCCAGGUCGUGGAGAAAGUGGUACCCCUAGUAGGGAAAAGACUCAAAACAAAGUGAUGUCCAUUCAGGAACAAGAGCUCAGAGCAUUCGGUAUAUCCUCAGCUCAACAGAAGAUGGAGUCACAUGUUCUGUACCGUCCUCCAUCUGAGGAGCGACUGUCCCCAGGCCAGAAGCCACCUUCUCCUUGCGUGAAAGGUAGCCAAAGGGUUGUCACCUUGGCUCAACACAUCAGUGAGGUGAUAACUAAAGAUUACACAAGGCAGAGUCAGCAGCAGCAUCAACAGAGUUACCAUGGCUCACCUAUCCUGGACUUGACCCGUCCUCCCAGUGCCUCACAGAACCCGCCCACUUCCCAAGAGUCCCCCCAACUGACCCGCUUUCCAGAGGGUAUUGGGGCAGAUCGUAACAGAGACCGGUCUCCUCACUCUAAGUCAUCUCCGAUCAGUUUUUCUAAUGACUGUAUUGAACCGGUAUCUCCUGCUGGAGCUAACUCUGAGCCUGAAAUGCAGGGAGGACUGUCCUACACUAAUGAACAAGGAGAGCAAAUAAUUGGCUCCCGGUCCCCUCCCACCUCCCAACCUCCGGCUUUCUUUAGCAAACUGACUGAGAACACCUCCGCUAUUGUGAAAUCAAAGAAGCAGGAGAUGAGCAAGAAAAUGACUGUCGUGGGGAAUGACAAUGAUUUUAAUGCAAGUCAGCCUGGAACAGAAAUCUUCAAUAUGCCAGCAUCUACUACAGCAGGGUCAGUCAGUGUUCGCAGCCACCCAGCUCCUGAGACGCCUGGCAGCUCCAUAGGGUUGGAGGCCAUUAUAAGAAAGGCCUUAAUGGGAAAUUAUGAUGAUCAACCUGAGGAACGCUCCUCAGCCAAUGCUGCUAACCCGCUCACAUCCAGUCUUUCUGUUGUAAUGAGUGGAACUGAUGGACGAGCAGAUGACAGUUUCUCUCAAGGUGGUGGGAAACCCUCAAAGGGCAGUGGGCGUUCUAAUGGGCGCAAGGCCAAAUCUCCAGGACCCGGCCUGUCAGGAGGUGAAAGGCCAUCCUCUGUGUCUUCGGUCCACUCUGAAGGAGACUGCAACAGAAGAACACCACUGACUAACAGAGUCUGGGAAGAUCGACCCUCGUCCACAGGUUCAACGCCAACUCCGUUCCCGUGCAACCCGUUGAUAAUGCGUUUCCCUGGCGGGACGGUUUCAGUUCCCUCCCCUUCAUCCGGCCAGCCAGUCGGCCACGUACCCGCUCAGGGGCAAGGACGUGCCUGGGAUGAAGAGGACAAGCCGCUGCUCAUGUCUCAGUAUAGCUCCCUGUCUGACAGCGAGUGA